ACAGCGAGAGGAGAGCCCGCCGCGGUGGGCUCCGGCGAGUGGGCAACGGCGAGCCAUGGAGGGCGACGUGCGUGUUCGCGCCGUGGUGAUGACACGUGACGACUCCAGCGGCGGCUGGGUCCCACUGGGCGGGGGCGGCCUCAGUCACGUGGUCAUAUGCAAGGGGCGAGGCAACAAGCGGAGGGAGUAUGUCGUACGCGGGGAGAGGCUGCGGGACCGAGCGCCGGUGUUGGAGUGUGCUGUGCAAAGGGGCCUGGUCUACAACAAGGUGAACCCCAUCUUUCAUCACUGGCGGGUGGACGAGCGCAAGUUCGGCCUCACCUUCCAGAGUCCAGCCGACGCCAUCUCCUUCGAGAAGGGUCUGCAGGCCGUCAUCGACAAGCUGGACCGAGGCUCGGACUCACCCUCGUCCUCCACGCCGGAGGAGGCAGACACAGAGGACGACGGGCAAGCUUCCCAUACAGGCAGCGAGUCGUCAUCCAACAGCAGGAAGGAGAUGCUUCCCAAGCCCAUCACCAUUGUUACCAGCGAGUCGUCCUCCACCUGCUUCGUGCGGACCGAGGAGUUCGCUUUCACAUCUGGUGGAACCACACAGACGCCUGCCCAGAUCCACGCCAGGCCGGGACAACACCAGGUCUCACAAAUGACCGCUGCCUUGAGUCCCCCAUCACCACCAUCCCAGCCUCCCGCUCUGCCGUCCCCACCCGCAGGCCCCCCGGCCUCGUCGCCACUGUCCCCCCUCUCGCCAACCCUUUCCCUGCUGGAGGAGGGGGACCUGCGCAGUGUGGAUCCCUGCAAGGACCUGUGGGGGUCCAGAGGAUAUGAGGACUAUCGACGAGCAGGAGUCACUAGGACUAUGGUUGGGGGGCUGACUGGAGGCGUCGUUGUAGGUAGCGGGGGGAGCCUGCAGGACAAGUCCGAGCUGUGUGUGGUCCGCUUUGAGAAGGAGAUGUCCGGGGUGGGCACAGGGGGCUGCGACGUUACGGUGAGUCUGGACAGCAAGGCGGCCCAGCGUCUGUCCUCGUCCUCACCCACCUGCAUGUCCAUCCCCAACAUUGUGUCCGACGUGUCCUCAGGGGCCGGCUCCCCCCAGGAGACUGGCAAAGGCUCCCCUUCGCCCUGCUGCAUACACACCUCCCUGGCCACGCCCCGCUCGCGGACUCGUAAGAGGGGCGGCGGGACCUGUGGGGACCCGGGCGCCAUCUCUCCCGAUGAUGACAGCCCGUGCCCGCAGGGAUCGUCGUCGUGCUCGUCCCGCUGUGUGUACUGCCGCUCGGUGUUCAGCGCCUCGGAGAACGGCCGGGGCCGCUGCAGGGAUGCCCCGGACCCGGCCCUGCACUGCCUCCGCCAGUGGACCUGCGUGUGGUGUGCAGAGAGCCUGCUCUACCACUGCAUGUCGGACUCCGAGGGCGAGUUCUGGGAGCCGUGCUCGUGCGACGACUCCAUGGGGGGCCAUCUGCACCCCCUAUGCUGUGCUCGUUGGCUGGCCCUUGUGGCCCUGUCGCUCUUCGUGCCCUGCAUGUGCUGCUACCUGCCUUUGCACGCUUGCCUGCGUUGCGGCGAGCGGUGUGGCUGCUGCGGGGGAAAGCACAAGGCGGUCCGAUGAGACCAGGCUUCGGGCGAGAAGUGAAAGGGGCACCCCUGACGUGGGGCCCAAUGUUAUUUUCUGAAGCCCCCCAAAGCCUUCCACUGCAUUCCGCUUUUUCUCUUUUCAACCCGGGGGGGCCUUCUUGGACUGGGGGUGUGUCGCACUCGGACCACCUUUCACGGAGCCUUUCAUUGUGGAUCCAAGCCGAUGUCCAGUUGGUGACCCCGAGACUUAACGCAAGAAUGAGGGUUGGUAAUAAUGACGUGUAUGUUGUUUUGAAAUGCCAGUUUGGAAAGAAAAAAACUAAACAUUUUACAGACACUGCCCAAUUUAUGAAGCUCCAUAAGGUUGUUUGUAACACGUUAUUUUGCAAUUUUUAUAUUGUCACUACGUAUUCCUUAGUGCCUAUUGAAAACUUAGUCAAUACAGUCUCAGUAGCACAGUGUUUCUCAACCUUUAUUGUGCCAAGGCAUAUAUUUUAUACAAACCCCAAUUCAAAUGAAGUUGGGACGUUGUGGAAAACAUAAUACAAUGAUUUGCAAAUCGUGUUCAACCUAUCUUCAAUUUAAUACACUACAAAGACAUUUAAUGUUCAAACUGAUGAACGUUAUUUUUUUGGGGGGCAACAAAAGACUGGAAAAGUUGACGAAUGCGCAAAAAUCCCCUGUUUGGAAAAUUCCACAGUUGAACAGGUUAAUUGGAAACAGGUGAGUGUCAUAAUUGGGUAUAAAAAGGAGCAUCCCCAAAAGGUUCAGUUGUUCACAAGAAAGGAUAGGGCCAAGUUCCCCACUUUGUCAACAACUGUGUGAGCAAAUACUCCAACAGUAUAAAAACAUUUCUCAAUGUACAAUUGCGAGGAAUUUAGGGAUUUCAUCAUCGACGGUGCAUAAUAUAAUCAAAACAUUCAGAGAGUGAAUGGCCGGCCUACAAAGAUAACCCUAAGAAAAAGCAAAAACUCAUCCAGGAGGCCACAAAGGAACUCAGGACAACUUGCUUCAGAUAAGGUAAUUGUUCAUGACACAACAAUAAGGAAGAGACUGGGCAAAAAUUGCAUCCAUGGCAGAGUUCCAAGGAGAAAACCACUGCUGACCAAAAAGAACAAAGGCUCAUCUUAAAAAAAAAAAUCUGAAUGAUUCCCAAGACUUUUGGGAGAAUAUUAUAUGGACUGACGAGACGAAAGUAGAGUUUUUUGGAAGGCGUGUGUCUCGUUACAUCUGGCGUAAAUGUAGCAAAACAUUUCAGAAAAAGAACAUUAUACCAAGAGUCAAACGUGGUGGUCGUAGUGUGACCGUCUUGGGCUGCUUCUCUCCUCCAGGACCUGGACAACUUGCUGUGAUUGAUGGAACCAUGAAUUCUGCUAUUGAACAGAGAAUCCUGAAGGACAAUGUUCAGCCAUUAGUUUGCGACCUCAAGCUUGGCGUACUUUGGUUCUGCAGCAGGAUAAGGAUCUGAAACACCCCAGCAAGUCAACUGCUUAAUGGCCUUAAAAAUAAUUAAAAAAAAGGUUUUGGAGUGGCUUAGUCAAAGUCCAGAAUUCAAUUGAGAUGCAGCAACAUGACCUUAAAAAGGCUGUUUAGGCUUGAAAACCCUUAAUUUUUGCUGAAUUGAAACAAUUCUGUAAGGAAGAGUGGGCCAAAAUAUCUCCACCGAGAUGUGAAAGACUCAUUGCCAAUUAUAGAAAACGCUUGAUUUCAGUUUUUUUCUGCUGAGCAUGGCCCACCAGUUAUUAGGUUUAGGGGGCCAUUACGUUUUCAUAAAGGGCCAGGUAACGUUGAAUAGUUUUAAUAAAUUAAAUCACCAUUUAAAAACAGCACUUGUUCAAGCACAAGUUCACUUGGGUUAUAUUUGUCUGAUAUUUACAUUUUUUGGGUUGUCUUAAUCAUUAAGGUGGGGAAACUGCAAAAAUAUAAGAAUUUAGAAGGGGGCCAAUACUUUUUCACAGCACUGUAGGUUGUAAAGGAUUUGCAAAUCACUCUAUUCUCAUUUUAUAUACUUUUUUCACAAUGUCCCAACUUCAUUGGAAUUGGGGUUUGUACUACAAAAUUCUCACAAAAUGUCACAAAAAGUAAGGAAAAUGAAAUAAUGAUUCUAUGUCAAUUUACUCACCAAUGUACUUAUUGUGAAAUCUCGGCCUGCUUAGUUGAACACAAAGCUAUUACAGUGAAUUCUAUUUGAUUGGGGCAAGAGAAAAGGCCCUGCCGCAAAUAGCAAAAACCAGCGA